AUGGCAUCGGCAUUCCACUUAUUCUCGGCUCUUCCAACCGAGCUUAGGCUGCAAGUCUGGAAAGAUGCUAUUAGGCCAAGUCGCCCAGGGGUCCAGAUUUUGCGUCUUCGUGUUCCUGGCUCGGAUGAUCCAGUUCGCCCACAAGACACAAUCCAUUUCCCCCGUUACCCUUCAUAUCGAGGGCUUUCACGCCCCAAUUGUUGUGUGGCUAUCCCAUUAUGGAACAAAUAUCUCGAUGGCAUCGACGGUGGCAACGACAUCAAUAUAUCGACAUACCCAAUCGAUGCCGGCUUGUGGACAGCAUGCCAUGAAUCAAGACUCAUGAUGCAGAAGCACUUUUUGCAGGACCCAUGGCACUAUCCUUCGUGGACGGGUUACUACAUCUCUGGCGGUGCUCCAUUAUAUAUCACAGUCCGCUACAAUGAUGACCUAGUUAUCCUGCAACUCGACAGCCUCGAAUUAAAAAAAUGGAAUGAUGGAACACUGGGCCGCUUGCAAGACUUACAUGAUAUCGGUAUCGAAUACAGGCCUGAGUGGGGCAUCGACCUUUACGAAGAAGACGAAGGGGGGGUUGAAGCCCCUGCAUUCGACAAGAUUUGGGAACUCGGCGAGUAUCUGCAUUGUGGAACGCGUGUUUGGUUGAUCGACCAUAACCUGAAACGAAAGGUUGACGCUCCCCUUUCCGAUGACAAGCGUAAUAAAGAAUUUUGGACAACUCGGAAUGUUUCUUUCUAUGGGGCCGAUAGGAAGUUCUCUAGCACUGGUCUUGAGAAAGUGGGAGAGCGCCUGACUCACUGGGAAUAUAUCAACCCUGUUGCAGAUGGAGAUUAUCGCAAGUCCUCGUUAUACUUCGCAGACCAGUUACAGGAGUUGUAUAAAGAAUUGGGGGAGUGGACUGAUGCCCCAGGAUUAGAAUUGGGGCUUCUUGGGUGGGAUCGCCUUUGACGUUGGGAUAAGUGGUUGAAC